AUGUCUAAACGUCAACAGUCGUUCUUCGACCAGGACCAAAAGACUCGCAACUUCCGGCCACAAAACUCGAAAGUCCAUAAUGCAGCCAGCACAUCAAAUCAGCUGCACAAAGCAGCUCCAAAUGUGACUCCAAUCGCUGCAUCGUCUCAAUCAAGAUCUAGGCUAAGAGUUUUUCGAUAUCGUCAAAUAGAGAGCGCAAUGGCGAAUGGACAUGGAGUUGAACAGCAUGCCGAUUCCAAUAAAGAAAAUGCGCCCCAAGCUGGCACUCAAAAGACACCUUUGCAGAUGAAUCCUCCACUGCAACCCUCAUCACAACGGUCGGCGGGAAAGGAGGCAAGAGACUGCCCCCAAACACCGAUAGGACGACUUCCCUUAUCAGAAUUGCUUGCCAGUGACGAGGCUCGUCAGCCUGCUGCUCAAACACCUAUGGAACGUGUGCUAUGGGAGAAUUCCCCAUCAAAUGCAGAUGCUGCUGGGGCAAAGCCUUUGAAGAAGAAACGAAAGCGAGCAGUUAGCACGUCACCAUCAUCCUCAUCCCAAAGUGAACGUCCAGGGCACUUCCCUACAAUUGAUGCCGCAAAAGCCUUUCGGCAGUCACAAGAGAUUAUGAAAACACCGAAAGCAGAUCCAGUCGACGAUCUGUGGAGCCGCUACUCCCUACAUACUAGAGACAAGUUGUCACCCUCUGCACCUAGUGCUUUCCCUUUUCCUAUGCUACGAUCCUCAUCUCCACAUACGCCCGUCGCUCAGUUGCAAAGGGACAGUGGACUGCGUAGAGCACUAAGCUGUAUAGAGUGGCCUACAUCUGCUGCUAAGCGGAGGAAAUUACAUCAUAGCACAGGCGAACGGAAAACAGCGGCAGCUUUUGUAGAGGAAAGAGACUCUGUAGGGAAGGCAAAAUUGUCAAGAGUCAGCUUUCUAGUUGAGAAAAUGCACAGUGGGCUUUCAAAGGGGGGCAAAGACAUCGAUUGCUCUUCCUCCGAGCCUGUAUACUCUUCACCAAUGAGACAGAAAAGUAAAUCACCUACGAGAGAAAGAUCACCACCUCACCACAUGAGGAAAGCUAUCGAAAAUGUCGCAAAUGUGCUCAGUCAGACUGUGAUGAAUGGAAACGCUACCAAGAUUGCAAUAAAGCCUGUUUUGUCAGAAGUAGAACGGCCCAAUUUCAAGAAGGUAACAAACUCUUCUGACUUCGGCGAUGAUGGAAUCGAUGACGAGAUGUUCGAGGUUGAGUCUGCAAGUUCCUUGCGGAAUAGCGUUGACGCAAAUCGAAAAGUAGCUCAAGAAGACUUGCUCUCGGACGCCGUCUACGAAGAAGAUUGGCUAGAUGAGGAGACGCGCUGUCUGAGUGAGAACAAGGUUGCAAAGUCAGAGAACGAUGUUUCUAAAGGAGGGUCGCCCCGAGGAGAUGAGUUUGAACAGGAUGAUUUCGAUGAAGACGACGUAGAGGGUUUCGCAGCUGAUCUUGAGGGCGUAUUUGCAAAAUACGAUACCCAACCGUCGACAGGUGCAAGCACAGCCAGAGAAGAAACACCGCCAUCCUAUACAGUGCCGGCAAUAGCUACAGCCGCUCAAAAUCCGACAGAAGCCGUAGAGAUCUGCUCCUCAGAUGAUGAAGAUUUUGGUAACGACUCAGAUUUCGAACAAAUUGCGUCCGAAUGUGCCAAAGCAAGUCAGAACCAAUCCAUCAACGUAUCCUCCCAAAGCAAUAUUAUUGCCCUCCGGCAAUCAUGGCUAGACAGUCAGUGCUCUCCUGGUUCGAUUGUCCACGUUAUAGGAGACUUCGACCGUCAUGGUCAAUGUAUCAUUGACAACACUCGCAAUCUGCUUAUCAUGCACCCUGACCAUCUCAUAUCCUCGACAGUCGUAGGAGAUUCUUUCACUUGCAUUCGGAAAGCAGUUCUGCAGGACCGUGUUAAAACUACAGGUGGUACCAGUCAAGCUACAGUGUACGGUCACUUGUUGCAUGAGAUUUUCCAAGAAGCAUUGCGAGCAAAUCAAUGGGAUGACCAGUACAUGACCGCUCUUAUUCAAAAGAUUGCCACCAGAAAUUUGGAGACUCUGUUUGAGAUCAAUGUAGAAGUUGCCGUGGCCAUCGAUCAACUUAAAGCCCGAGCUACUACUCUGCAGGCAUGGUCUGAGAUUUUUGUGUCUGCAAAGCCCAACCCCAAAGCACUCGUGAAGGAUCGUAAUGGCCGUGAAGCCCUCAUGAGCAUCAACAAAUUGCUUGAGGCCGAGGAGCACGUUUGGGCGCCUGCUUAUGGGCUCAAAGGUAACAUUGAUGCGACAGUACAGAUAUGCCUUGAGGAAGAUGGCAAUCGAAGGACCUUGACAGUACCCUUCGAACUUAAAACCGGAAAGCACUCCAGUGCAGCACACAAAGCUCAGACGGCUCUGUAUUCUUUGCUCCUCUCUGACCGCUAUGAUAUUGAGGUAGCAUGUGGGAUACUCUACUACAUGCAAUCAUCUGAAAUCUCAAGUAUUCGAACAAUCCGCCAUGAACUGGUGCCCAUGAUCAUUCAACGAAAUGCGAUCGCGAACUAUGUUCGAAAUCGAUUAGAAUUACCCAAGAUGUUGAGAAAUCCAUAUACUUGUGGGAAAUGCUAUGCGCAAACGCCCUGCUUUACGUAUCACAAACUCGUUGAUAAUGGCACAGGCGAGAGUAGCGGACUAGGCGUAAAAUUCGAUGAUGAAGUGAGGCAUUUGAAUACGGAGCACUCACAAUUUUUCCGCCGGUGGGAUGAUCUUCUUACAAAGGAGGAGAGAGAUAUUGUCAUAUUGCGAAGAGAGCUAUGGACUAUGCAAAGCACCGAACGUGAGAAGGUAGGAAGGUGUUUCGGAAGACUUGUCAUCGAACCUGGAUCAUACCACGAAGAAAGCGAAACCUCAAAGAUAAAUCGAUUUCGAUACAAUCUCAUCAAGCAGUCGCCUUUACCUGGUUUCAAAUUCACCGAUUCGCAGAUAACAGUUGGGGAGCCUAUUGUGAUCUCGGAUGAGAGAGGCCAUUUCGCUCUUGCCAACGGCUACGUGAAAAGUGUGAGAACCAGCAAAAUCCAAGUCACAGUCGACAGACAAUUACACAAUGCCCGAGCACGAAGCAAGGAUUUUGAUGCUGAAACGAAUCAAGUCUUUUCUGGGGUCAUGGAGAUGGUAGAGCAUAGGAAUAGAAAAGUUACGCAAUCCCCUCCACAGCCAGAAGGACCGGUGCUCUAUAGACUGGACAAAGAUGAGUUCAGUAAUGGCAUGGCUAUGAUUCGGAACAAUCUCCUACGACUGAUGGAGAAAGACCUCUUCGGCGUUCAAGCACUUCGACGCUUGAUUGUUGAAGGUGCCGCACCCACCUUCAACCCGGUGCCGACAAAUCUUUGCCUUGGAGAGACAGCCAACGAAGCAAGCCUGAAUGUUGAUCAAAGAGGUGCAAUCGAGAAAGUCAUGAGUGCAAAGGACUACGCCUUAGUCCUUGGCAUGCCAGGAACUGGAAAAACAACCACUAUCGCCCAUAUCAUCCGAGCGCUAGUGGCCCGGGGGAAGAGUGUUCUUUUAACGUCGUAUACGCACACCGCCGUUGACAACAUCCUGUUGAAGUUGCGUAAAGACAACGUUGGUAUCUUUCGUUUGGGUGCAAUUGCUAAGGUUCAUCCUGAGAUACAAGAAUUUGCGGAUCUUGCUGGGAGGCCAAUGAACACAAUCGAAGAGAUUAAAAGAUGUUACACCCAAAGGGUCGUCGCGACGACCUGCCUUGGUAUCAACCAUCCAAUCUUCAAUCAGCGCAUAUUCGACUACUGCAUUGUCGAUGAAGCAUCGCAAAUAACGUUGCCUGUGUGCCUAGGACCAAUCCGAAUGGCACGCACAUUUAUCUUAGUGGGCGACCAUUACCAGCUACCUCCGCUGGUGCAGAAUAAAGAGGCACUUGAAGGGGGUUUAGACGUCAGUCUCUUCAAGAUACUUUCAGACAUGCAUCCGUCAUCAGUCGUCAAUCUCGAGCAUCAAUAUCGAAUGUGCGAAGACAUCAUGGCUCUGAGUAACAAGUUGAUCUACGAUGGUAGACUGAAAUGUGGCACACAAAGCGUGGCAGUCCGUUCUCUGCAAAUUCCAAAUAUCCAAGCACUUGAAAGUCAUCAUCACACACUAGAAAGUGUCCGUGCACAGAGGGUGAAGCAUUUCUGCGCUAGCUCGUCGCCAGGAAGAUGUUGGAUUCGUGAUCUCCUGGAACCUCGCGUGAAGGCGUGUUUCGUGAACACAGAUCUCCUUCUCCCUCAAUCGCACGAAGUGCUCGAAAGUGGAUCCCGCAUUACGAAUCCAUGUGAAGUCACGCUAGCCGUUCAAAUUGCAGAGUCUUUGUUGACGUCGGGCAUAGCCGCAGGAGAUAUCGGGGUCAUCACUCUAUAUCGGUCCCAGCUUGCGCUGCUUAAGCAAGCAAUGCGCCAUCGUCCUGGGGUUGAGAUGCAUACAGCGGAUAGAUUCCAGGGCAGGGACAAAGAGGUCGUCAUACUCUCACUUGUGCGCAGCAAUGAGCAGCAGGUAGUAGGUGAUUUGCUGAAAGAUUGGCGACGUGUAAACGUGGCGUUGACGCGAGCUCGCACGAAGCUGUUGGUUUUGGGGAGCAAGCGAACUCUCGUUGGUAAUCAAUUGCUGAAGGACUUCAUCGAAUUAAUGCAAUCCAGAGAAUGGUGGUAUGAUCUCCCUCAAAAAGCUUGUGAAGGUCAUAUCUUCGAGGAAGCCGGGACGCAGAUAUCUGGAGAGGUAGGCUUUGAAGCGGAUCGCCAAACCAACAGGUCAGCGGCAGCAACAGCACAGCAGGCAUUGACGAGUGCCUUGAGACUUGGAAAAGGAGAUCAGAUUGGAAAGAAAUCGCCCGCAAAGCAAGCCAAGAUCGAUUUGGAAAGGCUGAUCAACAAGAGGCCCGUUCUUAGAGAUAUUGUCAAUGAUGCUUCAUGA